CCCAGCUACGACGGCUGCUGCUGCCGCGAGGAGCAGGAGGACGGGAGUGCGGUUCAGGUACACCACUGUGAUUGAAAUACACGGAAGUUUUUGGUGCUACUUGGGGGAGAAAGAGAUGAAAACGCCACCGAAAGACAGCGCGCUGAUUUGUCGACAAGUGUUGGUCUGCUGAACGAAGCUCGCCAUUGUUUUAUCUGUGAUGGGAUUCCUUCAGGAGCAACCUGCCGCCUAACGUUUACCCCCCCUUAAGCUUGACCUAUAUUUAAGUGAGACCAAAAUCAGUCUCUCAAAAUUUCCUCCUCGGAUUGGAGGACAGAUGAUGUGAGGAAAACCGACGCAGUAAAAAGACACAAACCAGAGUGAUAGAGACACAUAAAGGGAGACGGGGUAUCCUUAUGAAAACUGCGUGCAACUUCUGGAUGAAGUACUCAGAUCAAGCUCAGGAUGGAGACUAAAUUUGUGACUUUUUGACAGUUUUUGAUGCCUGUUCUGAGAACUCUGAUUUAAAAAAAAACAACAAAACUCUGCAUUGUGGGAAGAUUUACAAAACAACUAGGACUGUUGACGUGCCAUUGCCUUAGAAAAAGUGAUGGAGACAGAAGAGAGGGAGGAUGUAUCAGAAAAACAUGCAGCAAGUAUAAAAGUGGAGACGGAGGAAGAUGUGGCAUCAUGCCACACCUGUGGGGUGUGUGGUCGGAGCUUUCCUCUUCUCAGCUCUCUUUCCCAGCACAUGAGAAGACACACUCGGGAGAAGCCGUACAAGUGUCCCUACUGUGAGCACAGGACGGCUCAGAAGGGCAGUUUAAAAGCUCACAUCCGAAGCCAUAAACUGGGUCUGCUCAGUAAUAACCUCAGUGACAAGGUGGUGGAAGGAGAUCAAGGGCAGAAAGGUGAUGCCAACACACUUCCUAAAAUUGCCCCCACAACCGACAAAGUUCAUGUCAAUGGGAAGGUAAAGAAAAAAGGAACCAAGAAAAAAGUUAAGGGUAAAGAUGGUGUUGAAGGUGGUGAUGGGGCUGAUACUGAGCCUAUCUCCUGCACCAUUUGUGGGCAAGUUUUCCCUCAGGUAUUACUUCUUAAAUCCCACAUGAAAAGGCAUCGUGGAUCCCAGGAUCAUGGAUGCCGUAUCUGUGGACGUCGCUUCCGCCAAGCGUGGUUCCUCCAAAGUCAUAUGCGCAUUCAUCGGGUCAAAGCGCAGAUGCGAGGCAGCAAAAGCAACGAACCGCCUGCCACAAUUAAUGGGGUUUCCAUGGACGCAGCAUCACUGACAAAUGAAGAGUGCCUCUAUGAGCUUUGUGCAGGAUGUGGUAACUUCUUCUAUGACUGCAAGACUUUGCAGAUUCAUGAAAAGCUACAUAAACCCAACCACCCUCACACUCAGAGUCCACCACAUCAAGGCACUGAGGCUUCUGAGCUGCAUCUUGAUAAGAAGCUGUUUUUGGAAAGUCUGAACCUCAAAAGUGUUGAAUCCAAGGAAACAUCUGAGAAAGAUCAUUUGGGGAGGCGAAUUCCAGAGCUGGACCCAGUUUGUAGUUACCAAGCGUGGCAGUUAGCCACAAGAGGACGACUUGUGGAGGCCUCUGAAAAAUGUCUGGGAUGGGAGGAGAGACUGGCUGAUGCAGAGGUUGCAUACGACACAGAAAAGGGAGAGUAUAUACCACUGAAGCAGGAGAAGAAGAGGAAGCAGAUUGACAACUCAAACUCAGGUGUCAAGAAGAAGAAGGGUGAUACAGGCCUUGAUCACACAUCAAACACCUUGGCUCACACUAAAGGUGGAGACAAAAAGAUUUGCCAGAAGGACCGUGUUCUGUUGAAUGGACUUGGUCAUGCAUUUUAUGAGGCGUUGCAGACUAAGAAGGUCAAAGAUGUCCAGCCUUCAUCUAAGCAGAACAAGAGUAUCACGAGCCAAGAGCAGGAAGAUAAAAAAUCCUUCUUCUGUGAGCACUGUGAUUUCCACACUCCUCAUGCCUCACUGCUCAGGUCUCACCUGCACACUCAGCACCUGGGUUCCUACAGCAAACCGAACACCACUGUAGACAACAUUAGCAAAAGUGGUUCCAAAGCCUCAAGAUACAUGGACUACCUCAGAAGCAGGAGUGUUCUGCUCAGUCAACCAUACUGGACUCCUUACACAUAUCCUCCUGGUCAGGAGUUCACAGAGGCAAGCAUUAAGAAAGAAAAGUCAAACUGGAAAGAGGUAAAAGGGGAGGGACAUGCUGCUGCUGAAGCUGGCAGUCUCCUCAAUCUUUCUUCAAUACCCAUAACUGAUGGAAAUAGCACUGAUAAAUAUCCAGUUAAAACAGAGGGUCUGGUGAGACAUCAUUGUCCAUACUGCUCCCACACUACCAACUACCCAGAAGUACUGUGGAUCCAUCAGCGUGUUGCACACAGGGUGGAUGGAAACAGCUCCAUGGCACCCAAAUGGGCACCCUGCAUAAACAGCCUCAAGAGCUUAAAGACGGGUGCUUCUCAGUGGCGACGAACUGGACCACCGCCUUUCCUUGAAGGCAAGGACUGCCCAGCUUUACCCGCCCCAAGAACCCAGCGCACACAGCCUCCUGGUUUCACCCCCCAUAGCAGCAGCAAACAUCCAACCCCAAAGACCCAGUCAGGCAUCCCAAAGUGCAAGUAUCAAUCAAAAGACACACGUUCUUCAGAUGGGACACAGUUCAGUGGUAAGGUUGGCCUCCAAACUCAGAGGAAGUCUGGUGAACAUAAACGAGCAGUGGAGGGUGGAAGUAAAGGCACGGGUGUCCAAAGUACUUCUUCAAACAGUUCUGUGCCCAGCAAGAGUCUCCACAAUUUUCAGCCUAUAAGCAGUCCCAAACUCAGAGGCAACAGAGCUGUGGUGGAGGGAAACUUUCCACAGGAAGGUUUGGGUUUUAUGUUGGCAAGAAAUUCGGGUGGGACGACUUCUAAUGCAGCUGCAGACAGACUACAGUCCCGCAGGCAGUCACGUGACUUUUCCUCAGCUCCAAAGGGGCCUGAUCUCUGGGCUGCCAUGAAUAUGUGGGGCCUACAUGGUGGCAAAACAUAUUUAGAUCCACUCCUGUUUGCUCAGGGAAAGAGUGAAUCAACAGGAGAAACACCUAUGGAUAUUGAUAUUUUGAGUCUCUUGAAGAACUACAGUCCCCAUGAUCUGGCAGCUCUUUAUCAACACUGGGGUUUUGUUGAUCCCAGACUUGAUCCACAAGCAAUGUUGCAGUUAAAUGGAAAUUUUGGAAAUGAAGUCCAUUCGCCAUCUGAAGCUUCAAAGCAAAUGAACAGCCGCUCCUCUUCAUCCUCAGGGUCUCUCCAUAAAGGAACGUGAAGAAACAUUGUGCUCUGUUGGUCCCAGCUUGCACAACUCUAAACAAAGAACCCUGCUGUUCUUUAAAGGACCCCAGCCAUGAAUCCUAAAAAAAAACAGGACCUAAGUGCAGGUUAAUGCCCGAUAUAUGCAAAGCAAUGUGGUGGACUAUUAUUUUCCAAUAUGGUUGUUUAAUUUGGAGUGUGAGGCAUGCUUUUUGUUUAUGAAAGUAGAUUCAUUAGCUAACACAUGGAGAUGUGUUUCGAAAUGUUCUAUGGAAAUGAGGCAGAAUUACUGUGAGGAUAAUUGGAGGAUUUUGUUUAAAGUGCCACAGUCCAGGUGGAAAUGAACACAGAGUUCAGUUAAACAGGAUAUUCUCUUGGCUACGAAAAAUAGAUUAAUCGAAACAACAUAAAAUACCAAAAUGAUGCCACUAAAACUUCGACAAAUACAAGCCAUGAUGCAUAUGUGUGUUAUCACCAGCUGUACAUCAAUGUUUUCAGUUUGUUUAGUUUCUUGUAUAAUAUCUUGUCUUUAUUUUUAGCUUUUAAUUGACUUUGUGAUUUAACACAUUCAUAAUUGCAGAUGAAAUAGUGUCACUUCAGCCCAUAAUUCAGUUCAGUUAUCUAUAGUACUGUAAAGUAUAUAAAAGUAUAGUCCUGGUACUGUAUAUAGAUGGGAGGAAAGUGAUGUGCAGUCACAGCUGCUUUCUUUUAAGAUGUAUUAAAAUAUUUUUUUUACAUUUUUUUUUUAUCUUCAGCACUUAUAGCUUGCCGUCCCACUCAUUUAGAGUGAGACCGAUAAUAUUCUGUGUCCCCAAAUUAUAGAAUGGCUGUAACUCAGCUGAGAGGAUAGUUCAACUUUAAACACAUCUUUUAUAUUUUGAUACUCAAAUUUUUUCUUUCUCAAAGAGAGCAUUCAUUACUCUACAAGCAGUCUCUGAUCAUAUGAAUUUAUCCUUGAAAAACACCUCAAUUUUAAGAGAUUAUUCUAGUACAUUUCAAAGGGAAGUCAUCUGUGACCCAGUUCAUCUGUGAUUUAGCUGUUUCCACUGAAAUCGGCAAUGCCAAGACCCAAGUUCAGUACCACAGCAACUCUGAGAACUGUUUCCCAUCCUCGUGUUGAAGAGGUGUUGCUAGAGCCAAAUUUGAUGCACACGAGCUGAAUUGGUCUCCUGUAAUGUUGCUAGUUUAUAAAAAUUUGUUAGAAAAAGUGCUCUGCUUUGUAGAUUGGAAUAAAAAGAAAUGCAGACUUUUGUGAUUUAUGAUCAGUUAUCCUGUUAACAUCUGCUCUACUUUCACAAUGUGCUAGUGAUGUAGAAAUGUAAUGCUGUGAUUCUUUUUUAUUUGAUAGAAAUUGUUCUACUCACAACCUAAACCUGCCAGUUAAGCUACUGGAAAGACAGAAAAAAAUAUUUGUUUUUGAUAUUUGAGAAUUCAUCUCAUUCUCCAUUUGUUUUCACGUGUUUCUGUUUGCAGACUUAUUUAGUAUGUUUACAUUUUAGUUCUACUUAUUCAGUGUAUUCAGCUUCCAUAGAGAAAUAGUCUAUGCAUUUGACAAAAAGCCAUCAGCUUAUGAUUCUUGGGAGAUCCAGAGAAUACAUAAUUUAUUACUAGAGUAUUGACUUUGAUCUGUGACCUUUGUGGAUUUUUUUUCUUUCUUUUUUUGAUAAAUAUUGUAAAUGAUAGUUUUAUUUAAUGGUCUGUUUUUGUUUUCUAAAAGUGGAAUUUCAGGACUUGUAAGUAAAUAUUUGUAGUAGAAAAUGUUCAGAAAUGAGUUUUCCAGGGACAGUGAGGUCAGACUGCUAUGCUAGUGGUAGCUCUGAACCUGUAAUUUUGUUUUGCAGCAGUUGCAAACAGUUUAGCAAGAAGCUGUAGGAAACUGAGGAGGUUGUUUAUAUGCAAGCCUGAAUUUUUAUGCAAUCUUUAAGCUCAGACUGGAGGUCUCACUUGUUUCAAAUUUCUGACUAUGUAAAAAUGUUUCAUAGCUGAUGAAGAUGUUGGUAUCGAAAUUUAUAUUUUCACCAGGUCCACACUUUGAUUGUAAAAUUAUUCAAAUAAAGUUGGUCAAUGUUGAUUUAUAUUAAAUGGUUUUCACUACAUC